AUGGCUGUUGAGGAGUUGAAGAUCAAGAAUAAGCAGAAAAGGCAGCAGCUCUUUGCUGAGCUGAAACAUCAGCAUAACAAAGAGCGCCAUACGAUGAGAAGGGCGAGGGCGAAAGAAGAGAGAGAGGAUACUGAGGCAAAGAGUAAAAGAUUGGCUGAAAAUGUUCCCAAGACCAUUGAGAGUAUGCGUGAAUAUGACGAAACUGUGACACAAGGGAUUGAAGGUGAUGAAGAUGAUUUGAUGCAAUAUUUUAACAAUAAGAACGAGCCUCCAAAGAUCUUACUGACGACAAACGUAAAUGCUAAGAAGAAAGCGUAUGAGUUUGCAAAUGUUUUGAUUGAGAUCUUGCCCAAUGUUACGUUUAUCAAGCGGAAAUUCGGCUACAAGCUUAAAGAGAUUGUCGAUAUUUGUAACCGUAGAGGUUUCACUGAUUUGGUGAUUAUCAAUGAAGAUAAGAAGAAAGUCACAGGGCUCACAUUCAUGCAUUUGCCCGAAGGACCAUCUUUCUAUUUCAAGAUAAGCUCAUAUGUCGAAGUGCAAAAAAUUGUAGGCCAUGGUAGACCUACUAGCCACAUUCCAGAACUUAUUCUUAAUAAUUUCCAAACAAGACUCGGUAAGACAGUCGGUAGGUUGUUCCAGUCAAUUUUUCCAAAGAAUCCAGAUUUUGAAGGUCGUCAAGUAAUAACGUUGCACAAUCAGAGAGACUAUAUUUUCUUUAGAAGGCAUCGUUACGUUUUCAGAAAUGAGGAAAAGGUGGGACUACAGGAAUUGGGUCCUCAAUUCACUCUCAAGCUCAAGAGAUUACAAAGAGGUAUCAAAGAGGAGACUGAAUGGGAACACAGACCAGAGAUGGAUAAAGAGAAGAAGAAGUUUUAUUUGUAG